CGACGGGCGACGAGUGUUUUUGAAAUCUGUAAUAGUUGUUCUGCAUUCGAAUGUUUCGAAUUUCGAAUCCUGUCAAUCAGUCGUAAACUAAGACUUUUUCGAAAUGAACUCGAUCAAGAAAAAUAUACAAGACACAUACACCAAGGAAUAUCUCGCACUAAAUAAAAGGAAUGAUGGUAGAGAAUUAAUGAACUUUCGGGAUGCAUCACUGAAUUUAAAUACAAUACACACAGCAGAUGGAUCGGCAGCAGUCAAAAUUGGGAAUACAGCUGUUAUUUGUGGCAUCAAAGCAGAACUAGGUGUUCCUAAAGCUGAAACUCCUGAUAUUGGAUAUCUUUUAGUAAAUAUUGAACUACCUAGCCUAUGCUCUAAAAAAAUUCGACCUGGAAUCCCAUGUGAUGAAGCAAUGCAAAUUACCAGCUUUCUCAAUGAAGUGUGUAAUAAUUGCAAAAUACUAGAUCUGCAACAAUUAUGUAUUUCUGUUGAUAAAUUAGUCUGGAUCUUGUCGUGUGAUAUAUAUUGUUUGAACUAUGAUGGAUCUGUUUUAGAUGCAUGUUUAGUAGCCUUGUUAUCAGCACUACAAACAGUUAAGUUACCAGAAGUAAAAUAUGACAAAGAAACUGAAGAAACAAUCGUCAUUGAAAAUUACAUUCCGUUAAAAGUUAACAGUUUACCAGUAUCAUCAACUUUUGGGGUAUUUAAUGAAAAAUACAUUUUAGCUGAUCCAACUGAAGAAGAAGAGCAAUUAUGUGUUAGUAAAUUGACAAUUGUGACCAAUGGCUCCUUAUUAUUUUCAUUACAUAAACCUGGAGGAGAAUUCAUAAAAGAUAGCCAGAUUCAAAAUUGUAUAAGACAUGCUAAUAACAGAGCACAAACAAUUUAUAAAUUAAUAAAAGCUGCACAAUAAAUUUUUUUUUUUUUUUAAUUUUUAAU